AUGUCUAAUGUUACAAUAGCUAAUUACAGUGACCCUAACUACUAUGAUGAGUGUUUUAACGCUACUGGGCAGUUGUGUGAUUACUGCUGCAAUAUUCUUCUUCAAACUUGUGUCAGAGAUAUCAGAGCAUGCGAGCCUAUUUAUGAAAGAGGAGCCUCAAAUGUGUACAUUUUGCUACUCUUCGUGGGAAGUGUAGUUUGUGGUUGUCCACUCAUCAUUUUUUGCCUCAAAUUUCUAAAAUUAGAUUAAGACUCUCUUUUCGGAGGUAUUGCUGAAAACAACGACGCUCCUGAAAUAGAUUAAGGUCCACCACCUUAAGAUGUAGAACUAGUGGAACUUAAGAUAAAGUAAAGUGCAAACCCAGAGAGAAAUGCUCAACCUUUUAAGAAAAUAGAGGUUACUAAUCUAUAGGAUUAGGAAAGAUAACCCCUUACUAUGGAGAAUGAAUAACUUCACUCUUGA